AUGGGAGGUGGAAAGGGGAAAGGAGGCAAGAAAGGUGGAGGUAAAGAUGGCAUUGGGCAGCCGCUGCCGCCAUGGAUGCGCAAAGGCGGAAAGAAAGGCGGAGGAGGUGGUGGAGGGAAAGGGUUUGGAGCUGGAAUGGGUGGCAUGGGGCCUUUUGGUAUGAAUGGCAUGGGCCCUGGCAUGGGCAUGGGCAACAUGUUUGGCAUGGGGAUGAACGGAAUGUCACCCUUUGGUAUGAUGCCACUUCAGAUGCAGAUGCCGCAAAUGCCACAAAUGUCGAUGCCUAUGCCUCAGGGACAAAUGAUGAUGAUGCCAAACCCUGCAAUGCAACAAAUGCCUCAGAUGCAAAUGCCAAUGGCGCAACAGGCGCCUGCCCAGACAAUGCAGAUGCCUACCUCAAACUUUGGCAUGCAGAUGCCGGGGCAGCAGGCACUUGGCGCAGCGUCAUCUCCUCAUCAUGACGGAGGUAUGACAGAGGCACCAAAAAGGAUAGUUAUCCGACGAGGCAGCAGCAACAGCAAGGAUGCUGCCUCUUCACCCGAGCUGGCUCCUAGUCCUAGAGAGGAGCCACUCGAGGCAAAGAUGCCAGUCGUGGAACCACGCAGCGCCGGGAGAGAGCCACCGCCACUUCCUCCACCUCUUGCAGAUGGAACGCGGCAGGUCUUGGUCAUGAUCCCGAGGCCAACGACGGCAUCAUCCGAUGGCUUCGGAGAUUUAGAAGAUGAGAAGGUCAAGAUCCCAGAAUUUGGUGUCACUCUCGACUUGCCCGACUGGUACAGGGAGGCACAGGAUGAGCUCCGGCGGCCUCCGCCAAGCUGGCCCCCGCAGGUCCUUAUCGACGUGGGGGCCGACCUGCAGGAGGAAGGGGAGCAUGCCCACGACGAGCCGGCUGGCAUGCGACGUGGAAGCAGGGCCAGCCAUGACACAAAAAGCAGCGCAGACACGACUGCAACGGAUCAGGCCAAGAAGCUUACUCCGUUGCAGGCAGCAAUACAGGCCAGACAAAGGGCGGCAGAAACCAUUGCCGACGAUGCUGAUGAGAAGGCUUCCGCAGCCGGAACCCCAAGCUCAUCGAAGCGCCGAGCGAGUAUGAUACAAUCCCGAAAAUCCAAGCUGUUUCCAUACAUCCUUGUCGUGCUUUUCGCGAAUCAUGUCCACACGAAUGGCCUCAAGACGAUCAGAGAUUGGGCGAGCAAGAUGCAAACGCACUUCGAGGACACAUGUCAGAUGCAGAUGCGAAACUGCAUAUCCUGGCUUGCACGAGCCUUGCGCACGUUCGCUCGAACGCUCAUGGUGGACAGCCAUCGAGGCCUCGAGCUGGCUCCUUCGCGCGGAAGCGGAUUGAAAAUCUUCGACAUAGGCGGUGACGACCUAACUUCUCGACAACGCCUGGCAAUUCGCGCGUAUGUACUCUUUGACAUCCUCUUGACUGGCGUUGAAUCACCUCCGCAGCCGCUCACGCGAUUUCUCAGCCGACUGGCCCAGCCAGAGGGCAUCAUGCUGUAUGUGCCGAAGACGUACUUCACGGAGUCCGAGCGGACCGCGCUCGACUACGACCCCAGGGGAGGCAUCUACUCGCAGCCUCGCUCACGACAGCAUCAGCAGCUGGUGGCUGGUUUCCUCAUCCCGCGAGCUCUGCUCGGCGGCCUGUUCACAAGCUGGAUACGCACGCUCGAAGGUGAUGCCAGUCCUGGUGCAGACCGUAGCAAGAGGAAUUUGCAGACACUUGGGGCGCUGCUGUAUCUCGGCUUCCAGAAGAAGUACGAGCUCCUGAGCAGCGUUCACGAUGUGCCUGGACUGGCAACGGCAACCAGCGAGCGGUUGACACAGUUCGGGCUGGACAAAAGGCUGGUCAGCGAAGUCGCUGAGCUGGUAGAGAAAAUGGUCGUCUUCUUCACCCAGCCAGACGCUAUGAUGUCUGUCGUGCAGCGGGUUCAGUCCAAUCCAUUCACGGCUGGCAAGAUCAAGAUUGCACCCAGAGAGCGUCAAGGCGAAGGUGCUGAAAUGGCAGUUCAAGUUGAUGACGUGCCAGAGGAAGAAGCCCCGAUGACCGGGCAGGAAGCUCAGGGCGUCGGAGCGCAUACAUCCUGGAGCCUGAACUCAGGGACCAACUCACUUCUGUGUUCGAUGCUAAUGUGGUCUCCUUAG